ACGGGUGGAAAUUACUGUCACAAAUAGUGGGCAUUUGUGACGGCAAUUGACUGUCGCAAAAGAAACCUUAUUAAAACGGCAUCAUUUUAAUAGUUGGAUUUUAUCAGUUGCGAUCGUUUAUCUAUACCAUCGCAAAAGAGACUUCAAGUUCCCAAUCUCAGAGACGAUUUCGAGUUCAUGUUCACUGACGAUCACAGAGAUUUCGAGUUUCCAAUCACAGAGAUUUCGAUUGUUCACCGACGAUGAUCUCUCUGUCGACGAGCGACGACGGCUAGCGGUGGUGCGGCAAUGGCGUAGUACGAUCCCUCUCUCUCGCGCGACCUCAGUUAAAUAAGGGCUCAUCUAGUGAAGGUUCCACCGCAUCAACUAUGCCUGCAACUAAGCUGUAUUGAGUUUGAAAACAAUUCAAUGCUCUGCAAAAGUGAUCGAUACAUAUGGGUUUUUGGUGCCUGUGAAAUUUGUUGAGUUCGAGUUUGAAAAGACCCCUAUUUGCAUCGCUUUUGUUUUGAUGAAGUCCUGGGCACAUUACAAUGUCAUUUUGAAGUCAAUUGAGGUGGGUGAUUCUGUUCUACAACUUCCAUCAGAUGGAUUUGACACUGAUUCUGGAAAACUGAUGAUAAUGGAUAGUGGUACAACCUUGGCAUAUCUUGGGGAUGAAUUGUUUAACCCACUAAUGAAAAAGAUUUUGGCUGCACAACCCAAUUUGAAAUUGCUUAGGUUUCAGCAGCAGUUCACAUGUUUUAAGUUCUCUGGCUCAGCCUGCACAACCAGCACCUGUUCCUUCGACUGGACCAAAUGCAAAUCCAUUGGAUCUUUUCCCCCAGGGCCUGCCAAACAUGGGUUCGAAUGCUGCUGGUGCAGGCACGCUGGAUUUUCUUCGCAACAGUCAGCAGAUAUUUCCAGAGUAGCAGUUUGCUUCUUGUGGAAUGCAGGCGUGUAGAGAUUAUGACUAACU